GUGAUGCUGUCGCGCUUGUGUUUUGCUUUGGCUUUUUUCCCCUCUUUUUGUUAUUGUUUCGUGUUACUAGAGAAGCCGGACGCGUGAAGGAAAAAAGCACGACAGUCCUAAUUCUGACUUGAAGAACUGCGAGACUUUGGAGGUCUUUUUUUUCAUGCUGCCAUGGACAACACUUGGCAGGUGGAGUUUAGAAACGUGGGAUGCAGUUACUUCCCUCAGAGCAGAGUUGACUGCCACUUCACGUUAAGCGCACAGCACAAGUGGGCCAGCAGUGAUUGGGUUGGGCUCUUCAAGGUGGGAUGGUCCUCAGUGAAGGAUUACCACACUUUUGUCUGGGCUCUGGUUCCAGUUGACUAUCAAGAGGGUGCAGAUGUCAACUGCUGUGUGCAUUUCCAAGCCUCCUACCUACCUAAGCCCAGCUCCCAGGAGUAUGAAUUUGUCUAUGUGGAUGCUCAGGGGGAAGUGUGCUCCCGCAGCCCUAAGUUCACUUUUUGUGCACCAAAGCCGCUUGAAGAUCUGGUGACCCUCGAGGAAGAGUCUUAUGGAGAGGAGGAAGGCACAGAUAUGCUGCUGGUUGUACCUAGGGCUGAACUUCUGCAGAGCCGACUGCAGGAAUGCCUGCAGGAGCGUGCAGAGCUGCUCCAGCUGCAGGAGAGGACAACAAAGCAAAGGGAGAAAGAGAAGGAGGAGUUCUGGAGGGCUAAGGAGGCUUGGGACAGACGAUGGAGAGGGUUGGAACGUGAUAUCAGCAGGCUGCAGGAAGAUCUGAGGCAGAGUCGCGAGACGAUUGUGGAGAUGGAGAGAAGGCUGGAGGAGGAGCAGCUUUUAGGUCAAUCACUCACCCAGGAGAAAGCUUCUUUAAUGGAGGCCAGAGAAUCAAGUGAAAUGAGAAUCCAAGACCUUGAAGAGAACAUCAAAACCCUGACUCAGAGGGCUGUGGAAAGAGAGGCAGAGCUGGAGAGGAUCAAGGAAAGAACCAAGAGGGCAAAUGCACUUAAAAAUGAAGAGGAAAGUGAGAGAACAAGUCUGCAGGUCAAGUUUGAGCAGACAGAGGCAGAGCUCAGAAGUCUGUCCAAAGAGUUUCAGGGUUUGAGGAACUCCCUUGCACAGAGAGACACCAGCGUCCUGCAGCUCCAGAACACCAUCACCACGCUCACGCAGAAGCUCACCAUCGCCCAGAGGAAGGAGACAGAGAAUGAGGCUUCACUGAAGGAGAUGAGGAGUCUGAGGGAGCGUCUUCACAUGAGCGAGCGGGCUGCAGAGGGCUUAAAAAGUGACCUCAGUGCCAUGAUAGCACAGAGGGAUCACGGUCAGGCCGAACUGCAUCAGGCUCGUCUUCAAGCCGCCCAACUCACCCUUCAGCUCGCAGAUUCAAGUCUGGCCUUGAGGGAAGGAAAAGCCCAGUGGGCCCAGGAGAGGCAGAAGCUGCAGCUUGCUGCAGAGAUCAGCCAUGAUCGUUUGGAGAAGCUGAACUCAGAUAUGCUGAGAGUGGAGGAGAGGCUGCAAGAGGAAAAGAUGGAGAGAGUGAAGCUGGAAGUGGAGCUUGGAAGAGAAAAAGAUUGCAACCGGGUCCAGCUGAGCGAAACCCGCAGGGAGCUUCAGGAGCUAAAAGGGAGCCUGAGAGUUUCCCAUAAAGAGAAGGAGCAGCUGCUCGCAGAGAAGCAGGAUUUGAUGGACUACAUCUGUCAGCUGGAGCAGAAGAUUGGAAUGGCGGCCAGUACCAGCUGGGAAGCUGCACCGCUCGCCUCUUCAGGCAGUCCUGCCAGUGUGCCAUCUGAGUCUGAGGAUGAGAGCCCGGAGCCUUUAGAAAUCCACCAUCCACCCCAAAACGUUGGACACUACAGCCUUUGCGAGCACGGCCAGCCCGACUCCUUGCACCUUGCAACACCCCCUCAGUCCCCCAAGGAGGCGAACUGGAGACUAGUGGUCAUCAGCCAGCCAGCCCCUCUUUCCCUGCCGCAUCAGGAGGAAGAAUCGGAUUCAGUCCAGAAUGGAAGGAAGGAGUACAGAGAGGAAACAUCAUUUUUGUUGUCCCAGCACACCACUGACGCUCUCAGCAAUAUGGCUGACACUUUGCUAUGGUAACAGCCAACCACAGGAGAUGGGCAUCCGGACUUCAAGUUUCUUCUCCUCUGAUGUCCGUUUAUAGUCCCCGUUCGUUCAAAACGAAGGUUUUAAUCUGCAGUUCCAACAUAUCAAACUUCUCAGAUUUCCUUUUUCUUUCCCUCAUAACUGUUGUGUUAUUACCUUGGCUCUUUUUGCCAGUGGUGUCAGGUGAGCUUUUUUAUUUUCUACGGUUGACACAAGAAACCGGAGCAACCAGCUCCGGGGCUGGGACCCUGUCGUUUGAGAGUUUGCACACCGUAGCACAAUGAUUAUUGUUGAAUCAUUGUUAUGUGGAGAGCUUUACGAUAGAUGUUAUGUCAUUUUUAUGGCAAUCGUGAUUAAGAGUCGCGACAGGCACUGUAAUAACAAUGUUUUGUGCAGGACCGGCUUCGGUGAAAAUCACAAGAAUCCAGCAUUAAAUUCUGUACGGCUCCUUCAGACACUUUUUAAAGCAUCGUGAAGUAAUGAUGCCGCGUCAUGCUUAAAUAUACUGCAAUAACGUUGAUCUAAGACACCAUAUUUCUCUCUUAUUUUCUUCAGAACCAAGAUUUGAUAUGCACUUUCUUGAAGGCAUAAGUAGUUGAUUGUAGCAGCAGAAGUGAUUUAAGAGAAGUGGACGGGGUUUUGAACCACAGCUUCCUAAGCUGACUGUGUAAUUGUAGACGUCACACAGCUUUACACAUCAAAAUGAUCUUAGAAGCCUUUCGCUAUAGAUCAAAUGCAAUUUAUAUUUGUUAAUAAAAGAGACUCUUUUAACAACUACUACAAUCCUUAAGGUGUGUAUUUGAAUGCUUAACUUCAGCUUAAUUCACUGAUUCACCCAUGCAGUUCUAGAUGUGUGCCGAAAGCUGUAAGCCGGAUUUAAGGCGAUGCGCUGCCUAUUAAGAAAUGUUGCCUGUGUUCAAUCAAUACCUUAUGCAUUUUUUAAUGUUUUUUAGUCAAAGUUUAGCUGCAGUUAAAGCAUAUUCAGGUUAGGUUUGUAAUAGAUGUGCGUGGAUUGUGGAACAGCAGCUUCCUUGCUAGGCUAAGAAAUCUGACUAUAGAUGCCUAGAUGCUUAAUUUUACCUGCUGUUUUGCACACUGUUUUUAUUCUAGGAGUGUUUUUAGAUUAAACAAGGAUCCAUGGAUGCUCAGUUUAUUUUUUUGAACAUUUCUGUUCUUAUUAUAGACCCUUGUGUCAUUUUUACUUGUACUUUAUAAAUGUUUGAUAAUCUACCUUUUCGCUUUCAGACAUGAACUUUUUUUGGCUUCAUUUUUUUUUACCAAAUUUCGGUGCUAAUGAAAGAAAGGGAUUUCAUCUAGUUAUUUUUAAGGGAGAAUAAACAUAAAAGGUAAAUUCAAAUGAGGAUCUGGUAACAUUUUUGUCUGUUUUGUUCUUUAUUUUGUGUCACUGUCAUGUUACACUACAAUUUUACUUCCUUUCAAGUCUGUUUUCAGAAGAUGGCACACUACUAUGUCGUUUUUCUUGUACUUUAAACUAGAAGUGUCACAGUGAAGUUCUUUUUUUUUUGGUGUCAUUUAACAGAAAUUAUGACCCUGUUGUAGAUCUGCAGAGCUUUGUUUUGAAGUGUUUUUACUUUCCAGUCAUAAGUGGAGGUUUGUGUGAGGCUCGGCAUAAUAAAAAGUAUCCAUCAUUGAGA